AUGGGAGAAGAAAUCAAAAAACUUACUCGUACAGGUCGUAUCCAAUGGUCUGCUUAUAAUUUGGUGGCCGAAUGGGUAUUAAGAGCAUGGAACCAAGUUAAUAACCCAGAGGCUCAAAAUAAAAAUGGUGAAUAUGUAUAUAUUGAUGAGGAUAAUGCAAGUGACGGCGAAAGUAUUGUUGAUUUAACCCAAAAUGACAAUGGUGAUAAAAAUGAAAACGAAAAUAAUCAGAAUGGCAUUAGAAAUAACCAAGAAGUUUGUGAUGAAGACACAUAUUAUAAUGAAUGGGUGGUUGAGUACGUUAAUUU